CAAUUUUCAACCAAGACGGUUGAACACGAAAUACCUAGAAUGGGCGAUACUACUUCUAGGAUGACGACAAAAGUUUGGGAAAAACAAACUGAACAGAGUCAUUUAACAAAAACAAGCAAAGGAAAAGAUUUAAAGUUAGAACCUCCGACCACUCCUCAGUUUACAAGACCUAUGGUCAAAAAUCAACAACAACCAACUCAGGAAUCAGCAUUAAAAGAAGACGGAAUCGGAACGACUCAGAAAAGUUGUUUACGAGUCGCACUAGCAGCAGCCUUAAAAGAAAAGGAAAUCUCUCAACUUUACGCAGUAAUUCUCCCAUUGGAAUCUGGUAGUUAUGAGGACGAACAGCAACAACCCCAGGAAUCAGCAUCAAAAGGAGAUGGAAAUGAAACGACGGGAAAAAGAUGUCAACGUACAGCACCAGUAGCAAUCCCAAAAGAAAAGGAUAUACUUCAACCUCAAGCAGAGAUUCCCUCUUCAGAAAAUGAACUUUGGGAAGAUGAACAACAGCAACCUCAGAAAUCAACAUCAAAAAGAAAAAAAGGAUCUGCGUGGAAAAGACGUCAACGCGCAGUCAUGAAAGGAAAGAAAAUCUCUCAGUUUCAAACAGCGAUUCCCCUUCCAGAAGAUGAUU